AGAUAGACAUCACAUAUUUAAAAUUAUUCGAAUAUCAAGUUUUACAAAUUGAAAUUUGGGAUUUUUAGUAUCCAAUGUACAAUAACACAUAGAAAUAUAGCUUAAAUGAUAUUAAAUCAUGAUGUCUUCUUGGACACAAUAUUUCAAACGUUUAAAAUUGCAAUUCAAAUAUUUUUGGAACGAUUUUAUGAGAUAAAAUUGAAUAAACUGUAGUUCAAGUCUGAAUUACAAAUAAUUAUCACAAUGUUUGAACUUGAAUUAUUGCGAAAAAAGUUAGAUCCUCUUGUAAAAGUAGAUAAAAUUUGUUUGUCAUAUGUAAAUCGUAUUUUUCCAGAGUUCAAAGAUAUACCGUAUUUUAUUCUGUAUAAAGAAGCUUCUGAAUCUACUAAUAAUCAUUCAGAAUGUACCGAUAUUGAUGAAACACAAUUUGACCUUACUGGAUCGCCUUUGAAGUAUUCAUUUGGAGGAGAAGAUGAUUUUGAGGAUAGCACAAUUUUGACAAAGCAAAAUUGGUAUAAAGAGGAAGAAAAAUACCUACCACUAAGUAGAACAGAAGCAUGCAUUGCAUUGAAUAUAUGCAUUGAAUUUAUAAAUGAUUCCUUUCCACCAAUAUUUGCACUUUGCGAUGGCAAGGAUCAUAAGAAAAGCAGGUUGUUAGGUACAACAAUCGAAGGAGAAUGGUUUACCACCAUAGAAGCUUGUUUUGAUGGUAUUGAAACUUUUGAAACUGUUAAAAACUCUUCUUCUAAAAUGUUUCAGGAUCAUUUGGAGCUAUCAGAUGCAUCUAAACAAGAUAUUGCUGUCUCUGCAUUUAGUACUUUUGAUUUAUUUGGAACAAAAGAGGAAAUGAUUGACAAACAUAAUAAUAUAAAAAGUAACUUCGAAGGGAGUCUAAGUGUAGAAAUACAUACUUGUAGUUUAUCAUGUACACCUACAAGAACAUCCAAAAAUAAUUUGAUUGUUCAAGUUACUACAAAUUCAAAUAAUACUCCUUUAAAAGAAUUAUGGAAACAAUUAUUAUUGUUAAAUCAAUAUUUGUGUAUGAUAGAAGGUCAUACAAAGAAUAUAGAUUCUCAUUAUAAUACAAUUCCCUUGGAAUUUCCACAUAAUUUUAUAAAUCCAUAUAAAGAGGAGCAUGAUAAUAUAUUGAACAAUUUAAAUCUUUUGUUAAAUGGAGAUUACAGCUUUAGACAUUCUAGUGAUAUUGAGAAACACAAAAUUAAUUUUUCAAAUGAAGAAAAUUUAGAAAAUGAUACAAAAAUUCAUCAAUAUAUUCAGAGUCUUCCAUUUAGACACAAUUUGGAUUUUACAGACUUUUUAUGGGAACUAUUAAUAAAGAAUUCAAGUUACUUUGAAAUGAUAAAAUGCAUUCAUAUAGUGCUUGAUAAAAUUCUAGUGAAUGAUUGUUUGCCACAGGUUAAUUAUACAAAUUCAACAAGGUUUGCAAAGAUUAUUACUAAUCCACAUCAGGAGAAAGUAAUUUCACAUUUAUUAUCAGGUAGUUUACCAUUAGAAUAUGUUAUAGACAUGGGCUUUGAAAAGCUGUGCAGAGAUUACAUAUGCAUUUUAGCAAAUGCAAGAUUUGGUGAAUUGCAUGAUAUUCAACAAAAAUUAAAAAAGAUAUCUUGUAAUGAAUUUACAAUUGAUACCUAUAGAAAAAAAUUAUUAUAUUUGGUACAAAUUCACAUAUCCUUGGAAUUUAUAUUACUAAUACAAGAUAAUUUAGAAUGUUCAAGUGAUGAUUUAAGAAUUUUAUUUGGUUGUGUAUUCAAACAGUAUGUCAGUGAAAAAUCGCCAAUACAAAGUUGUGAUUUACAUCAAAACAAAAUUUAUACUUUGACAACUCCUCUUCCCAUCUCAGCAGUGCAACAUUUACAUGAAAUUCCGAGUGUGAGAAGAAUUUCACUUUCAUCUCAGUCUAAAUUGAGAAAACUAAAGACAAUUAAAUACUAUAGUCAGUUACCGAUUUUUCCAACAAGUAUAUAUCCAUUAGGUAAAAUUCUUAUAAAUAAUAUAAUAUUUAAGAUAAUACUUACAUGCAUGAAAUUGUUCCUAACAUUUUUUUUUAGACGAUUCAAGUAUAAUAGGUGAAGGAUAUUAUGUUCUCAAAACAAUGUUUUCAUCUAAUAAAAUUAAAUAAAAUAAUGAUUUCA